AUGGCCACCGUUCUCAAGACACAAAAAGCAAAUGCCUCCAAAGGCAAAAGAAAAGCGGACGAUAUGGAGGUGGACGACGCGGGCGCUGAGAUGCAAGUCAAGCGCAAGAAAAACAAGCAGCGGGUGUUGCUUCUAUCUUCUAGAGGUGUAACGCACCGUAUGCGACAUCUUAUGAACGAUAUUGAAGCACUGUUGCCACAUGUGAAGAAAGAUGCCAAACUUGAUUCCAAAAACCAGCUACACCUUCUCCCUGAACUUGCUGAUCUCAACAAUUGCAACAAUACGCUUUACUUUGAGGCUCGACGUCACGAAGAUCUUUACCUAUGGGCAGCCAAAACCCCCAAUGGCCCCAGUAUCAAAAUGCAUAUGCAAAAUAUCCACACCAUGGACGAACUGAAGUUGACAGGCAAUUGUUUGAAGGGAAGCAGAGGUUUACUGAGCUUCGACGCGAGCUUUGAUGAAACGGAAUGGGGCAGGUUAACGAAGGAGAUCUUCACACAUAUUUUCGGCGUCCCACCUGGCGCAAGGAAAGCAAAGCCAUUCAUCGACCAUAUCCUCACGUUCUCGAUUCUUGACAACAAGAUAUGGUUCCGGAAUUUCCAGAUCGUCGAAAAGGAUCCCCUACAGCCAAACGGGCCCCCUCAGACGUCGCUUGUGGAAAUUGGUCCGCGAUUCGUCCUUACCCCCAUAAGAAUUUUCGAAGGCGCUUUCCAUGGCGCCACUGUGUAUUCCAAUCCCGAAUUCAUAUCACCCGCCGCUGUGCGCUCUGCCAUUAGGAGACAGCAAGGCAGCAAAUACGGGCAGCGGAAAAAGGCAGAAGAGGAGUCCGCAAGAAGGAAGGAAUUCCGACGACGCGAAGAAGACGAAUUGGCUGUUUCCAAAGUCUUUGCCUGA